AUGGAUAGCGGAGACGUAGUCUACGUCGUUUGCCAUGGCUCUGCUGGGGAUGUACCGGUGACGGGCUGGAUUGUUGAGCUGGCUGGGAGUGAAGCUUUCUUGGCUACCCCGGUGUCUUCGGUCACUGGAGUGCCUAAUCAAGCGAAGGGCAAGAGCCACGGAACAGAGAUUGCUUUUAUUCGGGUCCCGACUAACACCAUUAGUUUGAGCCGCCCUGACAAUUGGAGCGGACUGAGACUGAAGGACCUCCCCCCUUGGGAGGCGUCGGUUGCCGCAUGGAAGCAGGUGACAGCGGGCAAUCUUUCCAGCAGCGAGGCCGAGCGACCGGCCACAAAGGGCAGCCGCCCUGCCAAGAGCCGAGUGGAGAUGGAUCUAGGCGCCCUGGGCGCUUUGUUUCAGAAGGGCCGGGAAGACGCCGACGAAGAGGACGAGACGGACGACGACGAAGACGGCUGGGAGCCAGCCUCCUACCUCCGCCCUGGGGCCCCGGCUUCGUCGCGGGCUCGUGUGACCAAGGAGGCCAAGCCGAAGAAGGACAUCAAGGAAACUCCGGAUUUGAGGACCUUGUUAGCCCAAAGCCUUGCCAGCGGCCAGAGCAGCAGCGAGCUGAUGCCCCUCAUGAUGAUGACCAUGUUGCUCGAGAAGGACAAGAAGGGGAGCCGGCGACGGCGAGAUCGGGCAAGCGGCAGCUCCGAUCUCCUUGGUGGUGGCUCCUCCGACGAUUCGGAGGCCGAGGACGACCUCCGAGGAAAGGGGAUGCGGGCGGUGUCCACGUUGCACCGCUUGCAGGCUCAGGUGCAGAAGCGGCCCCGCAAGGUAUGCGAGAUCUUCGAGAAGGAGGUGAUCGAGGAGUUGGGGGUGGCAGCUGGCCAAAGCUGGACUCUCAGAGACUUCGUGAAACGCCAAUCGUGGGGCAAAUUCAAGGGUAUCUACCGGUGUGCCAUGAUGGAUGUAGCCGCCUACGAGUUGAUCAGACAAGGCAAACCCGACCAAGCAGCAGCCCAAUUGGUGCAGAACUUGAAAGCGAAGAUCCAGAGUGUCCUCGCCCAAGGAGAUUGGCAAGCCGCUUGGUUAUUAACGGGGUUACCCGACCCAAUGGUCAGGAAGGAGUUUGCGGGGACGAAGGAGGAGAUGUCCGUGCUGGCCGACUACAUGUCCUCCCUGGCGAAGCUCAAGAAGCGUGUCAAGGAGGCCCAAAGUCACAGCCAGCACGAGGACGAGGAGGAGGCGACUGGAAUUCACGUUUUAUCAAUUAUGCAGCCUGGCUGGAACGCGUCCAAGGUGGCCUUUACGGAGGUUGUUAGCGAUAGGGGUCAAGCCCGUGAAUGGUGGGGCCGAGCCUUCGUAAACACGUUUGACUUCGCUCUUAAGCUGCUCGGCGAGGUGAGCCAAUUCGCUUCUUUCGAGCUGGUUGCAGGUCUUCUUGAAUGUCAGGGCAAAAGGUCGGUUCUUGAGGACAUGUUGAAGCUCAAUUGUGCAAGCUACGGUGGGGCUGAGGCGGGGAUUCCUUCGGGGGCCCUUCCUGUGUGUGCCUCUAGGGUGGCGAUUCCUGAUGCGGCGGGUCGUGUUGACCCUCUGGAGUGGUUACCUUCAGAUCAGGCGGCGGUGGUAGGUGAUUUGGAGGCGGUGCGCCUCCCUGAGCAUCUUUGGGAAGACGUUGUAGUUGCUUGUCACCGUGUCCCAGAGGAUGAAGAAAAUGACUUGGCCGAGAAGCUCCUCUCGACUGGCAUGGCCGAGCUCGUCAAGGAGACGGACCUUCCCCAUACUUCCGAGGGCAAGCUUCUUGUGGGCGGCCUUUUCUGUGUUGGGAAAAAUGACUCGGAGGACCGACUCAUCUUCGACCGGCGGCCAGAGAACAGCACUAUGCCGAGGUUGGCGUGGGAGGAGUUGCCGAGUGGAGCCUGUUUUACAAGAAUGCUCCUGGGUCCCGACCAAUACCUGCGUGGCUCAGGCGAUGAUCUCCGGAAUUUCUACUACAUGUUACGACUCCCUCCAGGCUGGGUGCGCUUCAAUUCAGUGGGGCGCCGGGUGUCUUCAGAUGUGGUCAAGAAGCACGGGGGCACUCCUGGAGUGGCUUAUAGAUUGUGUUUUAGAGUUUUGGGGAUGGGGGAUCGCAACGGAUGCUCGAUCGCGCAAGCUACACACGAAGCCAUCCUGCGCAAGUUCGGGCUCCUUAGGCCGGAGAACAAGCUCACCUAUGGCAAGUUUGUCCCCGAGGCUGACUUGUGGGAAGGCGUGUAUCUUGAUGACUUGUUGGUGACGCUACGUGUGACCUUAGACUCGGUGAUCCCCCUGGAUGGCUCCUUUCAGCCGCCUCCUUUGCAGGCCGACGAUCCGGACAUGGUGCACACGGCUGUGGCUGAGGACGCUUACGAAAAGGCGGGGUUGCAGCGAGCCACUCACAAAGCUUUUCGGGGAGUUACCAGAUUCAAAGCUUGGGGUGCCGAAGUGGAUGGGAUUCGGGGCACCGUGGGCGCUCCAUUGGAAAUGCGGCAACAAGUGUGGUCCCUCAUUGCUAAGACCGUGCAUGCAGGAACAGCCAGCAAAGAGAUUUUGCAGAAACUCCUGGGGUUCAUUGCCUUCAUUUUCCAGUAUAGGCGCGAGAUGUUCAGUUUGAUCCACCACUUGUACAUCUUUGUAGAGAAACUGGUGCCAGGCAAGAAGGUCUGGCUCCCGGCUUUUGUGUUGGACGAGCUGCGCUCAGUGGCCUUGCAUCUCCCGAUGGCCCAGUGGUGUAUGCGAAAGAGAUUGCACUCUUCACUUUUAGCGACUGAUGCCACGCCCACUUCAGGAGGUGCAGUUCGGGCGACGGUCAGCGCCUCAUUGCUCCGUGAACUUUGGAGGCGUUCAGAACUUCGUGGCUCUCCUGUCAGGCUGGAUCGCGAUAACUUGAAUCUCGCGGGUGAGGCCCCAAUUGAGAACUCUUGCUUUGCGGCGGCCAUCUCAGAAAGCCUCCCGUGGGAGGUUGUCGGGAGCUUCUCUUUCCGGAGAACUUCUCACAUCAACUUGCAGGAGGCUCGUGCCCUACGCCGUGAAAUUGUGAAGCUCACAGCUGACUUCAACAACUCGGGCACCAUUCAGGUGGCCCUCAAUGAUUCGUUGGUGGUGGUGGGCUCAGUGAGCAAGGGGCGCUCCUCUUCUUUCAAGUUAAACGGAGUUCUCAGGGGUCAACUUCCAUUUCUGAUCUUUGCCGACGUGACUCUCGCACUGCUGUGGAUCGAGACCUGUGCGAACCUCGCCGACCACCCGUCGCGCUUCAACCCUCUCCCGAGCCCGAGUUUGCCUGAGGAGUGGAUGCAGAAGUUCGGGGUGGCGCUGGAUGCGUCGCCCCCCUGGCCUGGAGAUUGGCUCAGGCUUUGGACUGGUGACCAGUGCUUACUGUGCUCUGAGGUCAACGCUUACCGUGAUGAGGAGGUCUUCAGCGAGCGCAUUGACGACUUGAUUGAAAGAAAGGAGGUCCGGUGGCUUUGGUUGGCGCCGCCUCUCCGGACCUUCUCUACUCUGCACAAGUCCUGUGUUACAGGUGAGUGGCGACCUCGUGGUCUACCCGAGGGCGACUCAAGCGUGUGGAGGAUUGCUCGUGACAACCUUUUGUGGAACCGUGUCCUCGACUUGGCCCGGCAGGUGAUGGAACAAGGUGGCCAUUUCAUCCUGAUCCAUCCGCAGCUCAGCAAGGCCUGGCAGAUGAGGACCACCGAGCUUUUCAUGCAGUCUGAGCGGGUCUUUGUGUAUAAGGCAGACAUGUGUGCUUAUGAGGGUGGGUCCGUUCCACCCGCACGUCGCCCCACAACCCUGCUCUCGAACUUUCCUUGGCUCCAUCGCAGUGUUCGUCGUUGCCCCGGCCCCGGAACUCACAAGCAUGGCGUGUCUGGCGGGGUGGCACGGAAUCAGAUAGCUGGGGAUUUUCCCGCCGGCUUCAUCGAGGAGGUCGUCGGGCAUCAUGCCGCGUGGCCGCGGUACAGGCGAAAUCUCAGGGACGCUGGCCAAUGGUUGUUGGGUGUAGUCUCUGAUGUGGGUGGCUCCUUAUCCCCCUCUUCCCCGCCUCAAACGGUGGACAGGUGGCUUGAAAAGGCGGUGGCAGUGAGCUAUGAGCGUGGAGAGCGUCGUUAUUGGGUUGUUUUGGGCGUCCUCAGCAUUCAGAGGGCCUUCAGCAUAGCAGGCCCGCUCCUGAAGAACACAUGGAUUCAAUUGCGGGGCUGGCGGCGAAUGGAACCGAUUAAAACCCGGGGCUUCAGUUAUCACGGGAGGUUGCGGGCAGAGUGGUGGUCAGUGAUGAUUGGCUGCUGGUUGGCUUUUGAAGGCCUCCUUAGACCUGGGGAGGUGGACGAAUUGAAAAUCUCAGACCUUUGUUUUCCCGAGGCUGAUGAACUUGGUCAGGGCAUCAGCCUGGUCGUAGGGAUCCGAAGCCCGAAGACAAAGCGAGUUUGGGCACGACAGUUCGCCCUAGUGCAAGAGCAGUCGCUGAUUAUGUGGCUCCGUUGGUGGGUCACGGAUCGGCCGCGCCGCCAGCGAGUCCUACUUAUCAACCGUCGUCGCUGGGCUAUUCUGUUCAAGGAGGCCUUAGGUGAGCUUCGUAUGGGUGAGUGCGGUUACACACUGGGGUCACUGCGAGGGGGUGGUGCUACGCACCAGUUCCGGCGGCACCGCAACUUAGGGCAACUGCAGUUCGCAGGCCGAUGGAGCCGCCCUGAGACUUUACAACACUAUUUGCAGGAGGCCUUGUCGGUGCAAGUCGUAGCUCAAGCAUCUGAUGCGGCCAAACAGCUUUUGCUUCGCAUACAUGAACAUGCUCACCGGUUGGAUGCACCGCCUUCUAUUAGGCUCAGGCGGCUUCUUGCUCCAGCCGACAGAGCGCGAUCUACCCGGCGCAAAGUGCUCAGACUCGAGCGUGCGCCGGCGUCGCGUGCCCUCUCGUCAAGUGGCGGAGCGGGUGCGGGGCGCGGCAUGGCCAGAUCGCCUGAUGCCCCAGCUCCCGCUGAAGAUAUGAAUGCGGCAGCGGUCCCGGCGGAUCAGUUGCUACAGGCGGUGCAGCGGGCAGCUACAGACUUGGGUGACGCUCCAGUGGACGCUGGGUUGACAGCAGCUGAAGUUCUUGCAGACCCUCAGCGACGUGAGGUGGCAGCCCGUUGGCGAGCGGGCAGCUCCCUUAGAAAGUUCACAAGUGUCUUGGCCCGCAUGUCGCAAGCGCUGCAGGCCUGUUCGGGUGUAGCGGCGCCUACUCCCGCCAGAGGCCCGGGGGCCCAUAGGCCCAGGCCUCUUCUUUUGGAGCCCACGCAAGCCUCAGCGCCUUCGGCAGCCAACUUUCUGUGGACCUUCAACGUGGGGCAACUGCGGCGCCAUAUGCCGCAGCUGCGAUGGAGGACAAUCGCGGCCGCCUUGGUCGUGCUACUUUUCCCACGGUUGUGCGCCUUGCUCCUUGCUCUCGCAGUUCGUCUUCUUCUUCGAGCAGUGGCCAGUCUGGUUUCCAGUCUUUUUCAAGAAGUUUGGCUGCAAGUCGUGGGAGCAGCAGCUGAAGUUGAGCAGCAACUGGUGGAGUGGUUGCAAGUGCAGAUGGGAUUUCUUCCGGCACUGGUUCCAUCGCCCCCGCCACUACUUCAAGCAGUGGGGCAACCACCGCCUGUGCAGUCACAGGCCUCACCAGGCAGUGGCAAUGGUAAUCCCCACCCAACCCGCCCUUUGCUUGCUGACGCUGGUGGCCUCUCAAGCGACCGGGCCGCUCCGAUGCUCUUUGAGGGCAUCCCGCCUGUCUUUGAGGACAUGCCUGAAGUAUCAAGUUCGCUCGCCCUCUCACCGAUCGAUGGCGAGCUCUGA